UAAAGUAGCUAGUAGUGAAAAUGUACAACAUGGAUUCAAAUAAUUGUGUCAUCUGUCCGUUGAUGUUUCUAAUUUUGAUCAUGGUCGUGUUUAUUUGCAAGGUUGAUGAUGUCUGUGCACAAACUAACAAUUUCAUCGUCACUGAUUUUGGUGCCAUCCCGAAUGGGAAAACAGAUAGCAAAGAGGUAAAAAAUCUAAAUUUAUCAAAGUAUUCUUACUUUUUGUUGAAGUUUUAGUAAUGUUAUAUGACGUUGUUUUACGAUGACGACGUACGAUGAUCGAUGGCCCAGGGUUUUCUGGAAGCAUGGAAGAGAGCUUGUGAAAUUGAUGGAGGCAUAGUUUCGGUCCCAUUCGGAUCAUUUUUUAUUAGCAGCGCAGACUUUAAAGGGCCAUGCAACGGCCAAACACUAUUUCGCGUAGACGGUACAUUAAUAGCUUCGGAUGAUAGUACGCUUGGUAAUCAAGACUAUUGGAUCACAUUUUACAAGGUGGAUCUCUUAAAACUUUCCGGUAACGGCGCCUUUGAUGGCAACGGUGCCUCUUCUUGGUCCCACUGCGAAGGUCACAAAAAGUGCCGCAAUAUGCCCCCCUCCACGUUGAAGAUAAACUACGUGAAGAAUGCGAGGAUACAAGGCAUAAAGUUGAUAAACAGCAAGAUGUUCCACGUACACAUCCACGAAUCGGACAAUGUGGUUGUGAAACAGGUAAAUAUAUUGGCUCCAGAAGACAGCCCCAACACAGACGGAAUCCACAUUGGAAAUUCCAACGGCGUACGAAUAAUGGACUCUUAUAUAGCCACAGGAGACGACUGUGUGUCUAUGGGAGAAGGGUCAACAAAUGUCAACAUAACGGGGACUUGGUGCGGGCCCGGCCAUGGGAUUAGCAUCGGAAGCUUAGGGAAGUACAAGGAAGAAAAAGAUGUCUUUGGAAUUACUGUCAGGAACUGCACGUUUAACGGGACGGACAAUGGGCUGAGGAUAAAAACAUGGGCUCCUUCUUCAUCGAGCACUCGUGUCUCAGAUGUUACGUUUUCAGACAUUAUUAUUAACGAAGUAAAGAAUCCAAUAAUCAUCGAUCAAUACUAUUGUCCACAUGGAUCUUGCAACUCUAACGGAGAGUCGACCGUUGAGAUAAAAGGUGUCAAGUUCUUCGAUAUAAAGGGAAGCUCAACUACAGAAACUGCAGUAAACAUAAAAUGCAGCAAAACUAAGCCAUGCCAAGACAUAGAAUUCUCGGGUCUCGACCUCACUUUAACGAAUGGACAGCCGACAAUUGCUUCUUGCUCCAAUACUAAAGGUGAAACCUUUCAUGGAUCUGAUCAAGUUCCUUCCCAGUGUUCCUAAUUCAAGAUUAAUUAGUUUAGUUACAUAGGAAUCGUUUGGUCGGGCAGAUUAGUCGUUAUUAACUAAAAAAUUGGACUUUAUUUGAUGUUCGUUAUUCCCAGUAACUUGUUGGGUUGACCCGCAAAUAUUAUGUUAUGUUAUCAUAGCUUAUCUU